AUGGAUAUGAAACUAGGACAACUUGAAAAAAUUCAGACUACCGUUAAUGGAUUAACGGUAUCUAUGUAUGAUAUAGGUCAAAAGGUCGACGCCAUGGAAAAACGGAUCAGCGACCUCGAGAGUAGCCAACAGUUUGAAAGCAAUACCGUAGAUGAAAUCAAAAGAAAGCAGGACGAGAUCGUUUCCUUAAAAACCAAAGCGUCCCAAAUAGAAACUCAGCGUAUUGAAUGUGAGGAUCUCGUUAAUGAGAUGAAAUGUGCUGACCUCAAAAAUAAUCUUCUAUUUUUUCGGGUAAAUGAUGAAGAAUCAGAAACAAAUGAACAGUGUAAAGAAAGGAUUUUGACAAUAAUGAAAGAAGACAUGAAAAUAAAAAACGCAGAAAUUAUCAUGAUGACCAAAACAGAAAGAAUGGGAAGAUAUAAAUCGGACAAGAUACGCCCUAUUGUUGUACGAUAUAGUAGUUUUGAGGAGCGUGAAUCUGUGAGAAAAUCGUGCAAAAAUCUCACAAAGUACAAUUCUGUUGGUGUAAGUCAACAUUUCCCCAAAGAUAUAGCAGAUAAACGGAAAGCACUCGGACCGAUACUAAGGAAAGCAAAAAAUGACAAGAAGAAAGUUGAACUGCGGUAUGAUAAACUAUUCAUUGAUGGCAAUUUGUACAUACUGCCAUAA